AUGGACGGGGGCAGUGGCCUCAAUAUCCUCUACGUCGACAUGCUCGACGCUAUGGGGAUUGAGCGUUCCCGACUCCGACCCUCGGGAGUGCAUUUUGACGGCGUCGUGCCGGGAAAACAGGUGGUGCCCCUCGGGCAGAUUGACCUGCCCGUGACGUUUGGGGAUCCCUCCAACUAUUGGAAGGAGACCCUCACAUUCGAGGUGGUGGGCUUCAAAGGAGCUUACCAUGCCAUUUUGGGGCGGCCGUGUUACGCGAAGUUCAUGGCCAUCCCAAACUACACCUAUCUCAAGCUGAAGAUGCCUGGCCCCAAGGGGGUGAUCACCAUCGGCUCAACGUUCCAACGCGCUUAUGAGUGCGAGGUGGAAAGUUGUGAUCUCGCAUCCAAGGUCAUCGCGAUCGAGGAACUCGCCCACAUCCGAGUAGAGGUGGUCGAGCAGGCACCCGACUCCAAUAGGAAGGUCGGGAGCUUCGAGCCCGCCGAGGGCGUCAAGGAGAUUUCACUCGACUCCUAG